CUGCUAUAAAUAGCGUAAACACAAAAUUACACACACACACAGUGUGACACUAAUAUCCAUUACUCAUUAGCCACUAACAAAUUAUUAGUCAAAAAUAUGGGUUUGAAGGAGGAAUUUGAAGAGUAUGCCGAGAAAGCCAAGACUCUCCCCGAGAGCACCACCAACGAGAACAAGCUCGUCCUGUACGGAUUGUACAAGCAAGCCACUGUUGGACCGGUGGACACAAGCCGUCCGGGCAUUUUUAACAUGAGAGACAGGGCUAAAUGGGAUGCUUGGAAGGCUGUUGAAGCAAAAACCAAGGAUGAAGCAAUGAGCGACUACAUCACCAAGGUGAAACAAUUGCUCGAAGAAGCUACUGCCUCAGCCUGAUGAGUGCAGUAGUAAUAUGUAUGCUAAUAAACGUUGUUGAUGAAUGGUUUAUGUUUACAUUUUGUUGGUGAUUUCUAUUAUGUUAUGGGAUUCUUCCUAAGUAUACUAGUUCCAGUUAUGGAAAUGGUAUGUUAAUUACUACUACUAAAUAUGAAAUUGUUGGAUUUUUGUCCAGCUUUCUUUUA